CAAAUAUUACGGCAUGCCCGUGGAAAUGCCACAAAGGUGAUAUUUCUCAUUACUGAUGGAUAUUCCAAUGGGGGAGACCCAAGACCCAUUGCAGCAUCCUUGCGUGAAUUUGGAGUGGAGAUCUUCACCUUCGGGAUAUGGCAAGGAAAUAUCCGAGAACUGAACGACAUGGCAUCCCAUCCAAAAGAAGAUCACUGUUACCUUCUUCACAGUUUUACUGAGUUUGAAGCUCUGGCACGCAGGGCUCUUCAUGAAGACCUGCCCUCUGGCAGCUAUAUCCAAGAAGAUCUCUCACAUUGUUCGUAUCUCUGUGAGGCAAAUGAAAACUGCUGCGACAUCAUGGCGAGCUGCAAAUGCGGCACUCACACUGGCCAGUUUGAGUGCAUCUGUGAAAAAGGAUACUAUGGGAAAGGACUACAACAUGAAUGCACAGCUUGUCCACCAGGAACAUACAAGCCUGAAGGUUCACCAGGAGGAAUCAGCACUUGCAUCUCAUGUCCCGAUGAGAAUCAUACCUCUCCACCAGGAAGUACCUCCAUUGAGGACUGUACAUGCCAGGAGGGGUAUCAUGCUGUAGGGCAGACCUGUGAAGUUGUUCACUGCCCUGAACUGAAGCCCCCUGAAAAUGGUUACUUCAUCCAGAAUGUCUGCAACAAUUACUUUAAUGCUGCCUGUGGGAUCCGAUGUAAAGCAGGGUUUGAUCUUGUGGGAAGCAGCAUUCGUCUUUGCCAGCCAAAUGGCCAGUGGUCUGGAUCAGAGGCUACUUGCAGAGUUCGAUCAUGUCCCAAACUUCAGGCUCCCGAAAAUGGACACGUUAAUUGUUCAACGGCUGAUAUCUCCUAUAAGACAGUAUGUUUUGUGACCUGCAAUGAGGGCUAUGAAAUAGAAGGAAACGCCAAACUCACCUGCCAGGGAAACUCACAGUGGGAUUCAAAGGAGCCAAAGUGUGUGG